UAGAGGGGUAGAAAGGGUGAGUGAGAGAGACAGAGAAAGAGAGGGAGUGAAGGAGAUGUAGGAGGAAAUGAAGUUGCAGGAAACAGGUUUAGUGGAACGGACACACUGGUAGCUAGGAGUAUCACCAGAGAGCUGGGUCUAAAGGCCUGUAACCGUUGGGCAGGGACACAGGGAUUUCUUUCAUCAAUUGGUCAGGAACUGAAGAAAGAUCAGACGGGUGGGGGGAAACGCUUGCAGCCAGUAAAAGACACAAGGACUUUCACACAAGGACUGUAAAGGACCAUACACAGACCGUCAACACACAAAGGAAGUGCCAAUAGAAGAGCUUUAGUACUGUGGGGGACAGACCGAGUGAGGGGGGGUAAGGAGGUCUUUUCAUUUGCCCCUCCCCCAACAUGGCCUCUCUGGGGAUGCAGAUGCUGGCCAGCUCCUUGUCUCUGCUGGGCUGGGUUGGGGUCAUCCUGACCUGCUCCCUGCCCAUGUGGAGGGUCACGGCGUUCAUAGGCAGCACCAUCAUCACCUCUCAGACCUACUGGGAGGGCAUCUGGAUGAUCUGCGUGGUUGAGAGCACGGGCCAGAUCCAGUGCAAGCCCUACGAGUCGGUCCUGGCCCUUAGCUCCGACCUGCAGGCCGCAAGGGCCAUAACCGCCCUCGCCAUCGCCACGGGCGCCUUUGGGCUCCUGCUGGCCUUCGUCGGGGGGAAAUGCACCAUAUUUCUGGAUGAGGAAGGGGGUGGGGUCAGAGGCCGGGGCAGCGCCGUCAAAGGCCGGAUUGCCGUGGCGGCAGGAGCGUUGUUGAUCGUCACGGGCGUGCUGUGCCUGAUCCCCACGUCGUGGGCUGCCGGGUCAGUAGUGCAGGGGUUCUACAGCGCCAUCAGCGACGCCCAGCGCAGGGAGCUUGGUGCCUGUCUCUACAUCGGCUGGGGGUCGUCCAUCCUGCUCAUCCUGGGAGGGGGGCUGUUCAUCAGCUCCACCUGCCCCCUCAAGCCCGAAGACGAGCGUAAGAGCCCCUCCGUCCACUACAUGGUGGUCCGUUCCUCCAACGGGGCUGCCUCCAGCCUGGCAGCAUCCUCCCGGCGCAGCAGGGGACCGUCAAUCAACGGCCCGCACUUCACCAGGUCCCACGGCAGCGAGGCGACACCUUCUAUGAACCAUCCCAGGGGAGUGAUGUACACACAGCCUGGCUAUGGUGAUGGACUGGCUAUGGUGGAGCAAGACUACAGGCUGGGAUCUGGGUGGUCCCAGGGGAGUAAGGCAUCGUCUACAAAGUCCCAGCUGAAGAGAAUGGAGUCUCGUGAGAGUUUAUCAGAAUCAGACAAGAGUGCACCCAGCCAGGACACAUCAAACCCGACAAAGAGCUAUAUUUGAGUGCACAUAGAAACAAAC